CACACACCCCAUGGCAGCGCCGGUGCGACACGUCGUCUCCGUAAGCCCCUUCCGCGAUUCCCUCCAGGCGUCAAUCACCCCGAUUGGUUUCCAUUUUCCGUACUGGAGCAGCUGAGCAGAGUGAAUUUUGUUUAUGCUAGAUCUUGACAUACAGUGAUGGAAGCUGCAAGGGGUGAAGGCGAUGAGCUCAUUGCUGAUUAUGUUGAUUGCCUCAUGUCCUUGGACACCAAUGCUCGGUCUGUCCAGAACGGUGAUCUGAUUCUUGGAGCUCCGGUUGUAGAAGCAGGCGUAGCUGCUUCAGUUGGCGGUAUUAUGGAGCAGGAUGCCAUGAAAGAUUUUGCACCUCCAGAGGCUCCUAAAGAGCCAAUGUUAGGUAUGAUAUUUGAAUCGGAUGAAGCAGCAAAGACUUUCUACAAUGAGUAUGCCAGGUGCCUUGGAUUCCCCUUCCGUGUUGGUAGGUCUCGCCGUUCGAAAGGUGCAGAUGAGGUUGUCGUCAUGAAGAGGUUUGUUUGCUCAAGGGAAGGCAUGUACACGAAGAAGAAUCCAUCAUCAGGUGAGGCUACAAAGAAGCGUGAGAGGAUGUCUAUGCGGGAAGGUUGCAAUGCUAUGAUAGAGGUGGUCAGGGAAUCAAACCAUUGGGUUGUUUCCAAGCUUGAAACGGCUCACAACCAUGACCUUGGCACCUGUAGCAGAGUUGGGUAUCUUCGUGCUGGUGGUUUGCUUGAUGGCUCCAAUAAGAUCACUAUGAUGGGCUCAGAUAGGAUGCUCUUUCCGAGGCAGAAUGUUCUCGGGGAAGGCGGAGACGCUCAAGGUCUUCUUGAUUAUCUGAAGAAGAUGCAAGCCAGUGACCCUGCCUUCUUCCAUGUCAUACAGGUCGACAAGAAUAGCUGUCCAAUGAAUGUUUUUUGGGUCGAUGCUAGAGCUAAACUUGCUUAUCAGCAUUUCGGGGAUGCUGUUACAUUCGACACAACAUACAAGAAGAACAAGUAUAUGAUGCCCUUUGUUACCUUCUCAGGAGUCAAUCAUCAUCUUCAGCCUGUUAUGUUUGGAUGUGCAUUGCUUAUGGAAGAGACUGAAUGCUCAUUUGUUUGGCUAUUUGAAACAUGGUUGACAGCAAUGAGUGGGAAGGAGCCAUGUUCGCUAGUUACUGACCAAAAUCGGGCCAUGAAAACCGCAAUUGGAAAGGUUUUCCCGCAUACCUGUCACCGUUUCUGCAAGUGGCAUAUUUUGAGUAGAACCAAGCAGAAGUUAGCUCAUACAUACUCAGAACAUCCUACUCUAAGAGAUGAGUUAGAAAGCUGUGUUAUUAGGUCUGAAACUAUCGACACAUUUGAGACAACAUGGAUGUCAAUCCUUGAUACUUAUGACCUGAGAAAGAAUACAUGGCUUCAAGCAAUAUACAAUAUCCGCCAAAAAUGGGUUCCUUUGUACCAGAUGGAUACAUUCUGUGCAGAAAUAUCUAGAGCACAGAAAUUAGAAACCCUGAAUGAUUUCUACAAGAAGUAUUUUAGUACGAAGGCAACGCUGGAAGUUUUUCUAACUCAAUUUGAUUUGAGCAUAGAAAGCCAUUAUGAGGAAGAAGCAAAAGCAGAUAUGGACACUUCUUUAAAUUUGGUGACAACAAAGACUGCAUCACCAAUAGAAAAGCAGGCAGCACGUACCUACACCAAAGCAGUCUUCAGUAAAUUUCAGGAGGAGUUUACAGAGUCUUUGGGGUAUAUUAUUCGGAAAACUAAAGAUGGCUGCAUAAGCAAAUACAACAUCAUGAAAGAUGAAGAUUCAUCAGAUACUUUCUGUGUGACGUAUAAUGCUUCCACUAAAAUGGCAAAGUGUAGUUGCAAGUACUUUGAGUCCUCAGGUAUUUUAUGUCGUCAUAUUCUUGGAGUAUUCCUAAUAGUUGAUCCACGUCUACUCCCACCUGAUUACUUUUUGAAGCGCUGGACGCGGAAGGCCAGAGAUGAUGGCUUAUUUGAAUACAAUGGUGAUAACCAUCAUGAGGAUGUUUGUGAGUCCAUUGCAAGCCGUUACGAUGUCCUAUGUGCUGAUGCCAUCAGAUGUGCUGAGAAAGGAUCUGGAUCAGAGACAGUGUACAAAGCAGCAAAAGAUAUCUUACAGAAGGCAUAUGAAGAGGUAAUUGCUUAUGAGAGAAAUCCAGUUAGGGUGUCACAAAGGGAUGCUAUAAACAUCAACGAGGAUGUUAUGAUUGAUGAUACCAUGACUAAUCAGUCAUUGCCAGAUUCUGGGCGAAAGGUGACUAAUUUGCUCGGCCAGUUUCUUGGUUCCUCUUGGUCUCCCUGAAUGUAUUUGCUGCUUACUAUUGGAGGUUGCAGUGCAAUUGCCCUCCUGUUAAUUGGUUUAGUGGAAAUUCGAAAUCGGCUUUUUUGGAUGGUAAUGAAGAUGAUCGUUAGCAUACUGCAGGGUUAUCUUCCAUGCUACACAUUUUCUUCUGACCAAUGAUUAGUAGACCAUCUGGUUGUUCAGAAAAUCCAACAGGAGUUGUUAUGCAAAUGAUAAGCUGGGUGGCAUCAAACUACUUAAGCAGCAAGAAGUAAAUCAGUGCAGUGUUUGGCAAUACAAUGCUGCUACAAAGUGGUGAUAUUUGUAUUUGUUUUCUGGUGGCGUCAUUGCUCAUGAAUGAUUCCUAUGCUGUUGGGUACUACAUCUAUCCCGCAGAAUAUUUGACGAAGGAUAGGUACAUCAUUUAGCAAAUUGCACAUCAAACUAAGAGUUGACUGUUAUUCUGCGGCCAUGUGUUAUGGAGUUGAUGAAGAACCAGCGCAUGACAUGUGUUAUGAAGUUGUACUUAGGCAAAAAGCAUUAUCGCACUGUGUGGAACGACAGAAGAGAGUGACUUUGCCAAACCUGAAGGUGAAUUCUGGGUUGUCUCACUUUCUCACGGAAUGUUUGCUUGCAACGGUAAUUAAGCUCACUCAAGGAAGUGACAGGCGAAUUGUGGUGGAGAAGCUCUAAAACAGAGAGGAACUUACGUCUUACCCAACCAGUAGCUGGUAUUCGAAUUUAGAAGCCUAGAGUUGUCAAGCGCUCCCUGAGAGCUUGUCGAGCAACAGGCAACAAUGGAGGUCGUAUUCAAAAUUGUCGUAUAAAUUCAGAAGUGGGUGGGGGUAAUUUUCAGAUAUGAUAAUGCCUGUUUCUUGCUGCACUGGUCUACUUCUCAGAACACACAUCUUGUAAACAAUUUAUAUAAGAAGUUGUUUGGAAACCA